UAUGAGAUCCUAGCCAGGACCCGUAAGUUAGGGACCAGUGUGACCAGUAUGACCAGUAUGACCAGUAUGACCAGUGCGCUGUGUCCCCAGCUCUAUGAGAUCCUGGCCAGGACCAGUAAGUUAGGGACCAGUAAGUUAGGGACCAGUAUGACCAGUAUGACCAGUGCACUGUGUCCCCAGCUCUAUGAGAUCCUGGCCAGGACCAGUAAGUUAGGGACCAGUAAGUUAGGGACCAGUAUGACCAGUAUGACCAGUGCGCUGUGUCCCCAGCUCUAUGAGAUCCUGGCCAGGACCAGUAAGUUAGGGACCAGUAAGUUAGGGACCAGUAUGACCAGUAUGACCAGUGCGCUGUGUCCCCAGCUCUAUGAGAUCCUGGCCAGGACCAGUAAGUUAGGGACCAGUAAGUUAGGGACCAGUAUGACCAGUAUGACCAGUGCACUGUGUCCCCAGCUCUAUGAGAUCCUGGCCAGGACCAGUAAGUUAGGGACCAGUAAGUUAGGGACCAGUAUGACCAGUAUGACCAGUGCGCUGUGUCCCCAGCUCUAUGAGAUCCUGGCCAGGACCAGUAAGUUAGGGACCAGUAAGUUAGGGACCAGUAUGACCAGUAUGACCAGUGCGCUGUGUCCCCAGCUCUAUGAGAUCCUGGCCAGGACCAGUAAGUUAGGGACCAGUAAGUUAGGGACCAGUAUGACCAGUAUGACCAGUGCGCUGUGUCCCCAGCUCUAUGAGAUCCUGGCCAGGACCAGUAAGUUAGGGACCAGUAAGUUAGGGACCAGUAUGACCAGUAUGACCAGUGCGCUGUGUCCCCAGCUCUAUGAGAUCCUGGCCAGGACCAGUAAGUUAGGGACCAGUAAGUUAGGGACCAGUAUGACCAGUAUGACCAGUGCGCUGUGUCCCCAGCUCUAUGAGAUCCUGGCCAGGACCAGUAAGUUAGGGACCAGUAAGUUAGGGACCAGUAUGACCAGUAUGACCAGUGCGCUGUGUCCCCAGCUCUAUGAGAUCCUGGCCAGGACCAGUAAGUUAGGGACCAGUAAGUUAGGGACCAGUAUGACCAGUAUGACCAGUGCGCUGUGUCCCCAGCUCUAUGAGAUCCUGGCCAGGACCAGUAAGUUAGGGACCAGUAAGUUAGGGACCAGUAUGACCAGUAUGACCAGUGCGCUGUGUCCCCAGCUCUAUGAGAUCCUGGCCAGGACCAGUAAGUUAGGGACCAGUAAGUUAGGGACCAGUAUGACCAGUAUGACCAGUGCGCUGUGUCCCCAGCUCUAUGAGAUCCUGGCCAGGACCCCCUACGGGGACGUGACCCGGGGGGAGGUGGGGGUCGACCGGCUGCUGUCGGAGGAGGUGUUCUCUGCUGCCUACCCCCUGCACGAGGGUUCCUAUGAGGUCCCACGGGGGGUGACCUCAGACAGGCUGAGUGUGAGACAGGUUCUGUUCCAGUACUGGGCGCGCUGGGGUAGCUGGUACCGCUACCAGCCGCUGGACCACAUCAGGGACUACUUCGGAGAGAAGGUCGCCCUCUACUUCGCCUGGCUGGGGUUCUACACCGGCUGGCUGGUGCCGGCCGCCGUCAUGGGAACCGUCGUCUUCCUGUUCGGAUUCUGGCUCGUCACCACCGACCUCCCCGCCAAGGAGCUGUGUCACAGUGACAUCAUCAUGUGUCCACUCUGUAACAUCUGCUCCCACUGGAACCUGUCCAGCAUCUGUCUCACCUUCAAGGCUGGCCUGCUGUUUGACAACGGGGGGACGGUGUUCUUCAGUGUCUUCAUGGCCCUCUGGUCCGUCACCUUCCUGGAGUUCUGGAAGAGGAGCUGCAGCUGCCUGACGCACCGAUGGAACUGCAGUCAGUACCAGGAGAUGGAGGAGCGCCCUCGGCCGGAGUUCACGGCGAUGGCUCCCAUGACGACCAGGAACCCCGUCACCGGGGCGGAGGAGCCCUACUUCCCCGAGACCCAGCGGCUCCGCAGGAUCCUGACGGGAGGCACGGUCAUCGUGGUGAUGGUGUUCAUGGUGCUGAUGUUCCUGAUCGCCAUCAUCCUGUACAGAACCAUCGUCAGCAUCGUCAUCUACAGAGCGCAGAAGAGCUUUGUCGUCCUCUCUGCCAGUAGGAUCGCCAGUCUCACCGGGUCACUGUUGAACCUGCUGGUCAUUAUGACACUCUCUAGAAUCUACAUCUCACUGGCCUACAUCCUGACACGCUGGGAGAUGCAUCGGACUCAGUCUAAAUACGAAGACAUGUUCAUCCUCAAAGUCUUCAUCUUCCAGUUCGUCAACUUCUACUCUUCUCCCGUCUAUAUCACCUUCUUCAAAGGAAGGUUUAUCGGUUACCCGGGGAACUAUAACGAACUGUUUGGGAUACGCAACGAAGACUGCGGUCCUGGCGGGUGUCUGAUCGAACUGGCUCAGGAGCUGUUGGUCAUCAUGGUGGGAAAACAGCUGAUCAACAACAUUCAGGAGUUCCUCAGUCCGAAGCUGAAGGGCUGGUGGCAGGCCAGGAAGGGGGAGGAGGGCGGGGGGCAGAAGGAACCCCCGUUGCCGUGGGAGACGGACUACCAGCUGUUGGUGUGUGAGGGGCUGUUCAGCGAGUACCUGGAGAUGGUGCUCCAGUUCGGGUUCAUCACUAUCUUCGUGGCGGCCUGCCCGCUGGCCCCUCUCUUUGCUCUGUUCAACAACUGGCUGGAGGUGCGUCUGGACGCCCAUAAGUUUGUGUGUGAGUACCGGCGGCCAGUGGCCGAGCGCGUCCCCGACAUCGGCAUCUGGUUCACCAUCCUGGAGCUCAUCUCCCACCUGGCCGUGCUCAGCAACGUAGGCCUUCCUGCUGGCCUUCAGCUCCUCCUUCGUACCCCGGCUCCACUACCGCUGGACCCACGACGGCAGCCUCGCAGGCUACGUCAACUCCACCCUCUCCUACGCCCCUCCCAACGCCACCAGCCAAUCAAACCCCGUCUGCAGGUUUCGCGGCUACAGAGAUCAGACGGGGAACUUCCUGCCCGAGUUCUACCAGCUGUUGGCUCUGAGGCUGGCCUUCGUCAUCAUCUUCGAAGCAAGUUUACAUUUAUACACCAUCAGGCCUGGAGACAUGUCAUUAAGGAGCAGCACGUGGUGUUCCUGAGUGGCCAUGUGAUCGACCUGAUGGUCCCUGAUGUCCCAGAGGAGGUGGAGACCAAGAUCAAGAGAGAGUUCUACAUGGCCAAGGAGGCUCUGGCAGAGCACCAGUCGGCCGACCGGACGCUGAUCCCAGGGCAGAUGGAGCUGGGCGGCGUGCGCCAGCGGGUGACGGACGCUGUCCUCCAGGGCACGCUGGUGAACCUCCUCCAGUCCUACUCAGACCCGUCCCAGGACACCUCCACAUGAACCCCCCCUCCACACACCGCCAGGACGCACACAAUUAAACACAAUGCAUCAAUAUCCCUUCA